GUUUACUUUCGAACCACGGCCCCGCGCUCUUUCCCAUUGGCUGCUGCCACGCAGUUGAAGGUUGCCGGGACACUGCGCCUGCGUUGUGAGGCUCGUGAGCCCCGCCCCGUCUGGGCACCUGAAGGCCCUCUGGGCGGAGGAGGGCGGGUACGCUGCGCAGCUCUUAGCUUCUCACUGCAGGUUGUGGAGCUGUUUCAGCCGGUGGAGGUACCUGGUUCGCUCGUCUCCACGAAUAGAAUAAAACCAUCUGAAAAAGUUGGAGAAGAUAGAGUAUAUUCAGUCUUCAAACCAGAAGGUCAACAAAGUGGAAAUGCACAAUUUUGAGGAUGAGUUAACAUGUCCCAUUUGUUAUAGUAUUUUUGAAGAUCCUCGUGUACUACCAUGCUCUCAUACAUUUUGUAGAAAUUGUUUGGAAGACAUUCUACAGGCAUCUGGUAACUUUUAUAUAUGGAGACCUUUACGAAUUCCACUCAAGUGCCCUAACUGCCGAAGUAUUAUUGAAAUUGCUCCAACUGGUAUUGAAUCUUUACCUGUUAAUUUUGCGUUAAGGGCUAUUAUUGAAAAGUACCAGCAAGAAGACCAUCCAGAUAUUGUCACCUGCCCUGAACAUUACAGGCAGCCACUGAAUGUUUAUUGUCUACUGGAUAAAAAAUUAGUUUGUGGUCAUUGCCUGACUAUAGGUCAACAUCAUGGUCAUCCUAUAGAUGAUCUUCAAAGUGCCUAUAUAAAAGAAAAGGACACACCUCAAAAACUGCUUGACCAGUUAACUGAUACACACUGGACAGAUCUUACUCAUCUUAUUGAAAAGCUGGAAGAACAAAGAUCUCAUUUGGAGAAAAUGGUUCAAGGUGAUAAGGAAGUUGUUCUCCAGUAUUUUAAGGAGCUUAGUGAUGCAUUAGAACAGAAAAAAAAAAAUUUCCUAACUGCUCUUUGUGAUGUUGACAAUCUGAUUAAUCAAGAAUGUACUCCACAAAUUGAAAGAAUGAAAGAAAUGAGAGAGCAGCAGCUUGAAUUAAUGACAAUGACAGCAUCUUUACAAGAAGAAUCUCCACUUAAAUUUCUUGAAAAAGUUGAUGACAUCCGCCAACGUGUGCAGCUUUUGAAACAAAGACCACUUCCUGAGGUACAGCCUGUUGAAAUUUAUCCUCGAGUAAGCCAAGUAUUUAAAGAAGACUGGAGCAGAACAGAAAUUGGACAAAUUAAGGAACUUCUCAUUCCUGAAAUGAAAAUUUCUUCAAAAAGGAUGCCAUGUUCCUGGCCUGAUAAGGAUGUAAAAGAAGUUGAAUUUUUAAAGAUUCUAAACCUUGUUACACUAAUUUUAGUAAUAGUGAUGCUGACCCUCUUCUUUAACCAACACAUAAUAACCUUUUUAAAUGAAGUCACUUCAACAUGUUUUGCUGAGGUCUCCCUAUCUGUUUACCAAAGUUUAUCUAACAAUCUUCAUGAUUUAAAGAAUAUACUUUGUCACACUUUAUGUUUACUGAAGGAAUUCAUGUUGAAAAUAAUUUCUCAUUGAAAAUUCAAACCUGAAUUGUUUAAAUAGGCUUGUUCUGUACAGCAGACACUAACAACCAUUUGCUAAAAGGAAGAAUACAGAUAGCAUGGAUAAAAUGGCAAGCUAAAAUUUGCAACAGAUAUAAAUAGUAUAGAAAGGUUAAAACUUUCAUGCUUUUGUUGAAAAUGUGUGGUCAAAAGUUAGAAAUGAGACAAUGUCUCUAGUUUUCUGAAAACUAGAAUAAAAUUUAGUGAUUAUUU